AUGGCAAGCAAUAAAAGAAAAAUACAAAUUUUGGAAAAUAGAGUAAUUCGCCCUGCAGUUAUUGACAGUGAUAGUGACAGCAGUGAAGAAAUAUUUUCCACUAAGAAAACUAAAAAAGGAUUUGGAAACAAAUGUGCACGGAAAACAAAGCACAAGCGUAGCCCCAGUGGAAGAAAAUUUCAUAUUCUUAAACCAGUCUCGUUUUCACAUGUAACUAAAACAGAAUGUAAAAAUAAACCUACACCACAGACAUCAAAAGGAUUGUCUUCGCCUAGCUCAUCGUCAUUGGAACGAUUUAGUAUGUAUAGCUCAAGAGGAUGCAGUCCUUCGCUAAACAAUAUAUCAGCUUCUAAGCUUAUGCACGGCAUCAAAAUAGAUGAAAGCGAAUAUCAUGACUUGAUAAAUCUAAGAAACGAUAAUAAAAAGAUAAAAAAGAAAAAUGAAAUAGAAAGGAAAGAUCCAAAGACAAAACUUACAUUCACUUAUUCUUUUGAAGACAGUAUGUCGCAAGGGUUAACUGAAAGUAAUGAAAAUUGUGUUUUUUAUGACGAAGAACGUAAUAAACAGUUUGAAGAAAAUGAAAGACAGAAAGAAACACUUAAUGACGAAGCAGAGAGAGAGAAAGAAACAGAAAAUGUUGAUGUAGAAGAUGUAGAAGAGAGAGAGGAAGAAACAGGAAAUGCUGAAGAGGAAGAUGAAGAUGCAGAGAGAGAGAGGAAGAAACGGAAAAUACUGAGGAGGAAGAUGAAGAGCAGGAAAGUGGUGACACAGGCGAUGAUGAGAGUGAUGAAUAUUCUGCAAGUGAAGUUGUAUCGGAUAUAG